GUCGGAUAGUACGGCAGUGUUCGAUGCCCCACUCUCGCUUUUUAAUUCUGACCGUACGGUUCUCUGCCGGUAGCCAGUCGAACGUGGGCCAUUCGCGUACGCGUAAACCCGCGGGCAUUUCGAAAAGAUAAUAAAGUUAAAAAGAAGGUAGAAAAAACGGGGCCGAUUACCUGUACUCAGUACCUCUGUCUUCACUAGACACCGGGCUUCUUAACAUCUGCUAAGACUGUUUAACCUCAACAUUAACCUGUACUGCCAAGAUCUACGUUAAAAGAUUUGUCGAAAUGUUGUCCGCGGUCAUCCUGCCGCUGCUUGUUGCCAUUGCCACCGCAGCGCCCGCUUCAGACGUCUGCCCAGAAGAUUGCAAAUGCCUCCCUAACGGAGUUAAAGAAAUCAAAGCUGCCUGCAUGUCCAUAGAUUUUUUGGAUAAACUCCUUCCAGCUCACAUCAAUCAAAUCACCGACUUAGAUUUAUCCGAACUCUCAUUAAAAGCAAUUCCCAUCAAACUUAAGAAGCUGAAACGUUUGAGAAAACUCGAUUUGACCGGCAAUCUUCUUUCUGACCUUCACGACUUCCCCAACCUUCCCAAACUGACUCAUCUCUCUUUGAGAUCCAAUAAUCUCCGAACACUUUCCGCCAAACGCCUUCCUCACUCUGUGAUUCAAUUAGACGUGUCCUACAAUCAUAUCACUCACGUCGAAGACUUGGAGAAGUUGAGUAAACUUGAAAAAAUCGAUUUAAACGAAAACAAGAUAAACUGCGACUGCAAAUUCCUCAAGAUCCGGGACACUCUUUCUAAACACAACGUCAAGUUAAUUUAUCCCACUAAGUGCUACUCUCCAAAGAACGUUCACGACAUUCCACUUUUACACGUUUAUUGCGUUAACAACGCCGUUUUAUUUGAUGAUUUCCUGCAAAAUGACGAACCUAAAGACGACAUCGAGGAAGAAUACGUAAAAUCAAACGUCGAGUCUGCCCCAGCAACCGAAGAUGAAGAUGGGAGCGGUUCUGGAGAGGAACCCAUGAUCUUUGAACCACCUUCGGGAGUACCUCAUUGCGUAUUUGAUUGUUCAACCCCUGCACCUCACGAACCAAAUCAAGCUAGAGGCAACGCCCCUGUUGAAGCACAACCCGAAGAAUCGCAGUCAACAGAUGUACAAUCAAAAGAAACACACUCAACAGAAUCGGAUUCAGGAGAGAAAAAAGAAGAAGAAAAUUCUCACGUUCCCAUUCACGAAGAAAUUCCUAAACAAGAAAUUGUUCCUGUUGGUGCUGGUAAUGCAGGUAGAAAAAUAUCUUCUGAUGUCGAACCAAAAGCUGAUAUAAAAGAAGGAGAAGUACAACCGGAACCAAAGAAAAGUAACACAACUUAUAUCGUUAUCGGUACCCUUUUGGUUGUGAUGUGUGCUUUGAUCGCGUACGCGGUAAUUAAGAGAAGAAGGAAGAGGAAUAGCAAUAAAGACGAAGAAGCGAACAAACGCCCACCGGUUGAAAUGAAGCCGUUGAUGAAACCCAAUGGAAACGAAGCUUCUCCAACAAUUCCAGAAAAAGUUCCUUUAAUGAACGGUCAAAAUGGUCAUACUGAAAAUGGAGAUACUGCUGCAAAAGUUGAAGAGGACGAACCAGUGGAAGUGAGGCCUUCGCUGGAAGAACCAGUAACUCCCGAUGCUACUAAAAGGGUGACCAUACAAGCUAAAGAAUAUCCAUCUCCAAAAAGUCCAGUUAUGAUACAACGUAAGCUUGAUGACGACGGCAGAGUCGUCGUAACGCCGUCCAGCCCGGAUAACUAACUUAUAGGUAUACAUACGCCUCAGUAUUUUAACCAUAAUGUAAUGUGAUAACGUUUUUUUUAACUUAUACGAUGCGGUUAUAGACUGUGAGGACCGUUCAUGCCAUAUUCAAUGGAUAUGCUUACGUUCGUGAUAAGUAUUGGAAGACGGGGAAUUCCUCGGUUUACCGUUCGUUUAUUGACUAGAAUUUUAAGAAAAACAUAAAACGAAAUAAUGAUAAAAUCUUAUUUUUUUAAGUGUUACAUUUGCGAUUUCUUUUAA